CGGGCUCACGCCACGCAGGUCCACAGAUUCGUUCGCCCCGCGCCGCGCCGGGGCGGUUGCUGCUCCCCUCGCCUCCGCCCGAUCCCAACCCGCCUCCUCACUCCUCCUCCUCCUCUCCCCCCCGCCAAGCUCGCGACGAGUCGCCAAAUCCAAACCUCCCGCACCUGAACCAACCCGAGUCGGCCGUAUGAGAGUAUCCUAGUGGGCUCGCGACGCGCCGCAUGGCAGCAACAACGCGCAGCUCCCCCCACUGACCCAGCCCAGUCACUCCCUCCGAGACGGCUAUCCGAUCGCCGCCGCGGCAGCUACUCCAAUGUGGCGGCGCGGGGGAGUCCACUCCGCCGCCGCCGCCCAACACCUACCGACCGCCGGCGCCUCCGCCGCCGCGGCGGCGGCGGGGGGUGCCGGUGCGGUGCGCAGGCGACGGCGCCCAGGGCUGCCGUGCCGGCCGAGCCACCUCUUCUUCGCCCUACUCGUCACGCUCUUCACGGCUUCGCUGCUCGUCGUCUGGCAGCUGCUCCCCAUCGCCCGCGACGGCGACGCGUCGGUGGCGGCGGACGGGGAGGAGGCCCCGCCGCCGCCCGCCGCCGGGGGAGGUGCGAUGAUGCCGUUCUCGGCCUCGCGCGUGGCGCUGCGCGCGUUCGGUGGCGACAGCCGGCUCGAGGCUGCGAGAUCCGCUCGGCGGUGGUGGCCCGGUCUCCAGCCCGUCAGGCUGGCGCUCGUUGUGGGAAAUAUGAACAUAGAUGCAGAAUCCCUGAUGCUCACUACUUUAGCCAAAAGUCUCGCGGGGCUGGGUUACGAGGUCGAGGUUUUAGCAUUUGCGGAUGGAAAAGCUCACGAUAUUUGGAAUACUAUUUGCUAUGUAAAUGUUGUGAGCGUUGAGAAGUUGAAGUCUGUUGAUUGGUCCAAAUACAAUGCUGUGUUCGUCAGCUCUCUUGAAGGGAAAAGGGUUGUUUCAAUUCUUAUGCAGGAACCUUUUCAACUUCUACCAGUGGUCUGGCUUAUUCAUGAUGAUGCUCUUGGGCAGCACCUUAGAAAUUAUCCGGAGUCGCAUCUGUCCAUUCCAAAUCAUAUUCAAGAUUGGCAGGCUCAUUUUAAUGCAUGCACUUAUGUUGUAUUUCCUGAUAGCCACAUCCCUUUGUUAUACUCCCCCCUUGACACUGGGAAUUUUUUGGUGAUUUCUGGUUCUCCAGUUGAUAUCUGGGCAGCUAAAAGAUACAGCUCAUCACAUUCUAAAGAAACUGUAAGGAAGCAGCAUGGGAUAAAAGAUGAUGAUGUUGUUGUUUUGGUUGUUGGGAGCUACCUGUUCUUUGAUGAAUUACCAUGGGAUUAUGCUACAGUAUUGCGUGCAGCGGCUCCAAACAUCCUGGACAUGGCAAUAACUAAAAAAUUGGGAGUGCAGUUUAUAUUUUUCUGUGGAAAUGACACUGAUGCCUAUAACUCUGCUUUCCAGGAACUUGCCUCUCAUAUGGGAUUUCCUGAUGGUUCUGUAAAGCAUUUUCCUAUGACACACGAUAUUGGAAACUUGCUAAUGUUCGUUGAUCUUGUUCUCUAUGGAUCAUUAAGACAUGAACCUGGUUUCCCUCCUUUGUUAUUACGGUCCAUGGCCUCUGAAGUUCCAAUCAUUGCGCCAAAUCUAUCUGUUAUAACAAAACAUGUCACUGAUGGUGUCCAUGGCUUCCUUUUUAAUUCUGAUGACCCAAGCACAGCGGCUUCAGCUUUCAUGAGAAUUUUCGGAGAAAAAAGGCUUUUGGACAUUGCCUAUUCUGUAGCCUUGGAGGGGAAACUACUUUCGAAGGACAUGUUAGCAUAUGAUUGUAUUAUUGCUCAUGUUAAGCUUCUUGAAAGUGUGUUGCACUAUCCUUCAGAUGCGAAAUUGCCACUUUCGUUUUCUGAAGUUCAAGAGAGAACAUGGUUAUGGGAUCCUUUUGAGUCAAAAGCUGCAAUAGAAAAUAGUUCCUUAGAAGAUGAAAGACAUAUCCACACAAGGAUUGCUGAUAUUCUCUUGGGAGAAUCUUCUCAAAGUAAUGGAACAACCUAUUCUGAGAGCAAUGAUACUUCCUCAUAUGACUACCCUAGCCUAUCUGAUUGGAAUGAUCUAACUGAAGUCGAAAUCUUUGAAGACACCGAAAUGAGAGAAAUUGAGGAGAUUGAUGAAAGGGUGGAAAAACCUCUGUUGACAUGGGAUGAGGUGUACAGAAAUGCCCGAAAAUCAGAAAGGUUAAAGUCUGAAGGAAAUGAACGUGAUGAAGGUGAACUAGAAAGAACUGGGCAACCAGUCUGUAUAUAUGAGACUUACCGUGGCGAGGGGGCAUGGCCAUUUUUACACCAUGGUUCUUUAUAUCGUGGCAUUACUCUUUCAAAAGGAGCCAGGAGACCCAGAUCGGAUGAUGUUGAUGCGGUCAUGAGGCUUUCGAUUCUAGACAAUCCUUACUAUCGUGAUCUUCUUUGUGAAUUUGGUGCUAUGUUUGCCAUCGCGAACAGAAUUGAUACUGUACAUAAAUUACCGUGGAUAGGUUUCCAGUCAUGGCGGGCUGCUGGAAGAAAGAUUUCCUUGUCUGGAAGUGCUGAAGAAACCUUAGAGAAAACCAUGGCUGGAGAAAAUCAUGAGGACGUGAUAUAUUACUGGGUGCCAAUGGAUACGGAUCAAACAUCCAACUUUUGGUCAACAUGUGAUUGCUUAAAUGCUGGUCAUUGCAGAACUCUUUUUGGGGAUGCAUUUAGGCUUAUGUACGGGCUGCCAGAGGGUGUCGCAGCCCUGCCACCAAUGCCCAAUGAUGGCGACUCUUGGUCUACUCUUCAUAGCUGGGUAAUGCCCACCCCAUCAUUUUUGAAGUUUAUCAUGUUCUCAAGGAUGUUUGUUGAUUCACUUCAUAGCUUGAAUGGAAACAGCACCGAGCCAACUUCAUGCUUGCUUGGAGCAUCACAGCCCGAGAAAAGGCACUGCUAUUGUCGAGUCCUGGAAAUCCUCGUAAACGUCUGGGCUUAUCACAGUGGGAGGAAGAUGGUGUACCUUAACCCCAGAACCGGAGACACCAGGGAGCAGCAUCCACGCGAGGAAAGAAAUGAGAUGUGGGCAAAGUUCUUCAACUUCACCCUCCUGAAGAGCAUGGACGAGGACCUAGCAGAGGAAGCGGACGAUGGCAUGCACCCCGGGAACGACCAGUGGCUGUGGCCAUUGACUGGCCAAGUGUUCUGGCCCGGCAUUGCUGACCGCGAAAGGGAAGAGAAAUACAUCAAGAUUGGACAAGAAGCUAAAAAACAAGGUGAAGCUGCUCGAGAGGCAGAAGUCGGGUUACAAACAGAAGCCCCUGGGACAAUGACAAAUAGUGUGAAACCCAAUGAUCCAAAGAACCGAACCAUUCUUGCAGCAGGAGAGGGAAGCCCGAAGGCGCCACGGUUGUGAAUACACGUACUUUUCAGCACCCCUUCUUCGACCUCCCUCUCCAAAGGAGCCUGGUGAUGCUGGAGGACAUGGGCUGCAGGACAAGGAACCACCGACUCGGUUUUUCUUCCUGCUGCUCAUACUUAUAGGUUACAGUCUGCCUCAUAGUUACACUCUGAUUCUCAUUCUUUAUUUUUGCCUUCCCCGUCCUCUGCCAUGGAUGCAACGGGGGAGCAGAAUUUUGGUAGGACUUGUAACUGACCGUCGCUGCCGCUGUACAUGUAAAUUUCCCAGUAGAGAGCCACGCACGGAUGCGAGAGCAAUAAUUAAAUCAUACUACAAAGUUAAUCA